ACAGUUGUCUAUUGGGUCGAGUGGGGUGCCAAUCAAAACUUCAAAGUUCAGAGUUGACGCGGGAGCUAUGGGGCUAAAUAAAAUAUGCUAACUGCAGCUACCAUCCGUAAUCUGUGGAAUAUACGCGUAUCUGUCGAAAAUACUGACAGUGUGCAGCAGCGCUCAACGUGUCUUCAUGGAUGUGGACUAAACUGAAUGAAUUAUCGGACAAUUGCCAACGUACCAGGACCGUAAUGUCGAACUUAAAGUGCAUUUCGAAUACUGUGAUGCUUCAAAGGUGAGUUGAAUUCAUGUCAAACAUUACUAAACAUUUGUGUUUACGGAACCUGCAGUUAUAAGUGUAUCAUUGAAUGGUGUACAUCACUCAAAUCUCAACAAACUACGCUUUUCAUUGACGUAUAGCACGCCUAGACACGCAAAUAGGGGACGGCGUACAAUCCCAGUUUCGUCAUGAAAACAGUAGAUGGGCCGUCGGAACAGUACGGAAGCGUAGAACUGCCAUGGUAAAUGAGUUUUUGUUUUUAACGUGUUUCUCGUUAAUACGAGAACAGCAAGGUCCAGCGCGGUGAACUGGCAGAGGGGGGCAUGUACUGCAGACCUGCCAACAUGUACAAAUCUAUCAUACUCAACAUGCAAUUUGACACUAGUAUACGUUUGUAUGCUUCACAGCUCUCCAUUUUGUUGCACUUUCCUGAUUUUAGUUUCGAGUUCGGUCUGUACAGUACAGAAAAAAAAAUUGAUAUCAGUUUCUCAAAAAUACUUCAAAAUGGGGGGGGGGACAUUUCUGCCCGGCAUGACAUAAAAUAAUUGAGAACCACUGCUUUUUGUGGACUUGUUGGAGUAGUGACGUAAGAAAUUAAAAACAUCCCGUGGAAAUCUUGUGAAGUUCUUGCAUCCGACCGUUCAUGAGUGGUAUAGAAAUAAAACCAGAAAUGACUUAAAAACACACCAACCUCAAGAUGUGGCACUUUCACAUCAUGUAAAACAAGAGUUCAACAUUUUAAACAUGUACAUAAGUAUGAAAAGUUGCAUAGGUAGCAUCUGUCCUCUUUUAAUAAUACUACAACACAUGUAUAUAUGACAUAAACUGACCGAUUUUUCAUAGAAAUUACUCCUUGGCUCUCAAAUUUUAGGUCGACAAAAGCGGUCAACCAUUUAUGUAUGUCUGCGGUAUGGUUUUUUUUUGUUGUUUUUUUUUUUAAAAACAGGUUUGCAGCAAUGAAACUGAAAAUACAGGUUUUAAUUAUAGUGGACAUACGUCAGUUCUGAAAUUCCUAAAAUUGUACAACAUUACCUGAUGCUAUACUUGAGAGGUCUUUGCCGCCCCUCAAAAAGUUGACCAUCCAGUUUGUAUGGAACUUACAAACCCUACUCAUUGCACAUAUUUAACCGCAGACAGAUGUCAGAAGUUUACAAACUCAUCAUAAGCAUGGUGGGCAUAUUCAUUUUGGGUGGAAUGAUUGUAAAACAAGAAUUGGGUCCACAUGUUUGAAUUUAUUUUGGAUUUUCUGUUCUGGAAUUGGCGUUUGACAUGUAUUUUCUCACAGGCAAUUUGUACUGUGUCAGACAUCUGCAGCAUUUCUCAAAAUGCUGGCUUUUCAAUUGUAUCAAGAGCAGCAUUUCUUUCUGCGUGUCUGCGCACACCAUUUUGCGUCGUUCCGUUCGUAUUUACUUUGUCAACCAAAGGCUUCUGUGAGUGUUGACUGUCGGGACGAAGGCUGUGCAUCCCAAGGUGCAGUUUUUGAUGGGAUAAGAGGGUCGGGUGGUUAUGUUUUAGGUAAACAUGCAAGUUUGGCUUUGGAUUAAGACCCUGCAGUGCUCCCUGCACAGGAAGAAACAUCAUGUACAGUCGCGUCUGAAGCUUCCCAAUAAACACCUGAACGACUCAGACAAGGCUGUGGAUAUUGCACAUUGUCUCCAUAAAUGUCACUUAAAAGGAGUUUCAAAUAAGGACAAAUGAGUUAAGUAUGAAUACUGAAUAAAGUGAAUGAACUGACCAAAAGAAGAAGAAGCGAAUCAACUGUAUUUCACAGGUCAACUACAACUCCUAUGACUACCUCAUACCCGGAAGACAAUGACGGCACCGACAGGCAGACUGUAACGUUUAACGUAAAAAAAAAAGCACAUCCAUAUAAAGCCUGCCGUGCUUAAAUCCAAUGCUUCAUUUCCUAGUAUCGAUGUAAUCGAUUGAUUACCUUUUAAACGAUGUUAGAUCGAUAUACUGUAUAUGUCGUCCUGAAUGGAAACUUGAGAACCCAGAUCGAUGUAAUUGAUGAUGCUGAAGUUGCCUUCCGACUCACUAGCUUCCGAGUCGCAGUUAAGGGGAAAUUUAAGGUGGAACGGACGUAUUGCGCAAUGGUGUGUGUCCUGAUUGUCUAUUUUUGUAACACUUCUAAUGUGAAAACAUUUUAGGUGAGGCAUUGCCUUUACCUGACGUUCACUAUUGUGUUUGUGAAACUUGUAUUUCACAAACAAGUGACAUACAAGUUUAGACACUUCUUUAGCACCCACUCCAUAUUAGACCUGGUCCACUUUAAAAACCACAAGGCUCAGACUUGUCAAACCUGUACUGGAGUAAUCUACAGACCUUGGGGGUUCAUAAAAACACAGUUUUUGAUUUAUUCUAUUUGUGAAAAUCCAAUAAAGGUACAUUUCUCGUAGGAAUAUAUAUCGAUGUAGCAAAUGAAUCAUUCCACCUCCGAAUGGCAACUCUGCAACAAAGCAUUUAGAACUGAAGAAGACUUUUGGAUUAAACAAUAACUUUUGGGUUAUUGGGUAAAUCAUUGGGUUCCUAGGCUCGCAAGGGCCUAAGCGUUUUUUUCAGCAGGCUUUGGGCAAUUAAACAAAAAACAUUUUUCAACUGUAGUGCCCAUACGGCAUUCGAGAAUUCCUAAAAUUGUAACAUGUUACUUGAUGCUUUAUCACACACCUGAGCAUAGUGCAUAGUUGUAACAUAAAAAAGUUGACCAUCCGGUUUGAGGUACUGAACUGACCGGCUCUCCUUGUUAAAUAAACGGAACUGCUUGGGGUGCAAGGGUAAGACAUCCUUACAGCUCGGUAGGUACGUCGGCAUUAAGGUCACGGUUCUGUGUGAACUUAGUGCAGUAAAGGAACAUCAUGAAAAACAGAGCUAAGCUUUUUUGGUAAAUGAUUUUUUAAAUGGAGCAUGAAUAAUGCAAUUUCAAUAUACAGUAAACGCCCCUACAACGUAAAUAAUCUGUUCCGAGAACGUUUACGUUAUAGGGUUUUUACGUUAUACAGAGUGUAAAAUUCAUGUAAAUAGCUUAAUCCGUUCCAAGAUCUUCCCAAACUCACCCCUUUGGCCCUUCAAAAUAUUCAAAGUCCACCAAAUAUGGUGGGAAAAUAUAAGAAAACGUUAGCAUAAACAUAGUAGAGUAACAUUCCAAUAUAAAAUAAGGUAAUAAAUAAGAUUACUGUAAAUGAAUAAAACUGAAAAACAAAAACAAUCAACUAGUUUAAGGGCGACUACGAUGAGGAAGGGAGAAGCCUGUCUCUCACACAAACUCCCGUAUGCGCUGCAUAAAUCAGCCAAUGUGAUGCGAGCAUAGGCCAGGGGUCACCAACGUUUUUUCUUGUGAGAGCUACUUUUACAAAAUGAAAAUGGCCAAGAGCUACUCAUUUUUGUAACAUUUGUUUUCAGAGCUUAUUUUAAACCCAAACAAAGCGAAUAUGCUUGUUUUACCAGAACAUUAACAAAAUGCUGGUGUCCACAACUCACAUUUUGUAUUUCAGAAUGCAUUUCUUUCUACUGUUCUUUCAUUAUUAACUGAAAACCUGAAUGAAAAGCAGGCUUGCGGGCACCUCAUGUGGUCGUGGGGGGCUACCUGGUGCCCGUGGGCACCACGUUGGUGACCCCUGGCGUAGGCGGUGCCCCGAUAAUCAGCCAAUGAGAGCGUGAAUCGUUGGAAGGCGUCACCAAGUGUACUCUGUUAGUCAUGGAAAAUGUUUACCUCUCUCUGUCGCGUGAGCGAUUCAAAUAGAAUUUCUGAACUUGCACCAACUUGACGCUUUACGUUAUAUGGAAUUUCUUACGUAAUACAAUGCAAAAACUUUACAUAAAUUCUUUACGUUCAGUGGAAUUUACAUAAAAAGGAGGUUUACGUUAUGCGAGGUACUACUGUACUGGCAGGUAUUUCUCCAAUAAAUAAAAUUCUCAAAUAAAAAAAUUAGGGCUGUCAAAAAUAACGUGUUAGCCUGUUAAUGGUCGUAACUAAGUUAUUUAAUUAAUUCCGUUAAAUGGUUUUGUGUAAUUAACGCAUGCGCACCAUAGCAAGCACACCUCUCUGUUAUGACGGCAGACGGAAGAACAGUAGAGCGUCCUCACACAGUCGCACAGAGCUAGACACUGUUUUAUAACUUCACUCUGACAUGAACACACACAGCAGUACAAUUCCAACACCAUAUACAGUAUGUAUCGCCGACUCACACACGUCUCUAGUUUGUUCAAUCUUUCUCAUUCUCAUUACAAGAAUGAGAGAUGCAUUCAGGGACACUCCGAACAUCACAAAAACCUCUUUAUAAUGCACAUGUGUGUAUAAAUAAAGAGGAAUUUCAAGAAAAACAUCAAUUGGGUAUUCUUAUCACUCACUUCGUAACUCUUCAGGAGUUUAAUGAGUUUGAAGUGCCGCUACACGGCAGUGCGUCUGCCCCACUGAUCUGUAUUAUAUAUCUGGAUAGCUCAUUGGCGAUGACUUGUGAAGCCACACAGCCGCCAUAUUGCCACUCGCAAAAAACACUUCGACAAGCUUUUGCAUUCGGGGUGAACUUCUUUUAAUUCGGAUUGGACACAAAUUUUGUCUUAAGCUGCCUGUAGUGCAGCUAUUAACUGCACAAAUUGCCAGUUCAAAGGCUGUGGACAAACCUUUCACCUGUAAGUAUGAUUGAAAUGUCGAUUUAUGUUUGAUAAUUUAAGGGUUUUGCACUGUCGAUCUCUCAGAUAUUUUCGAUCGUGUAAAAUUCCUCUGAUUAAAUGUAUGUCCAGAAUUGAUACGUUUAUAUAGCUCUAUAAUAGCCUUGCUUAAUGUGGAGGGCAAGAUAUUCUUCGGAGUCAUUGCACAACGGAUGGUCCAGUACCUGCACAGAAAUGGGUACGUGGAUACAUCUAUGCAAAAGGCAGGAAUAUCAGGCUUCUCUGGGUGCCUAGAACAUGCCAGCAUGAUCUGGCACCAGAUCCAAAUGGCAAAGUUGGAGAAAAGGGAUCUUCCUGGAUCUUGCAAAUGCCUUUGGCUCUGUGCCCCAUGAACUCCUCGGGAAUUCCUUAGAGUUCUUUAACAUCCCAGACACCAUCGCAACCCUAAUCAAAGCCUACUUUCAGGACUUGCAAUUUUGCUUCACUACGCCAGAAUUUACCACCUCUUGGCAGUGCCUUGAAGUAGGCAUCAUGGCUAGAUGCACAGUCUCUCCCUUGGCUUUCACCUUGGCGAUGGAGGUCAUCAUCCAAGCCUCAAAGUGGGUUGUCGGAGGACAAAGACCCGACUCUGGCCGGCGCCUCCCUCCCCUCAGAGCCUACAUGGAUGACAUCACCACCCUGACUACCACCGUCCCAUGCACCAGGAGGUUACUCAGAAAACUUGAGGAGAACAUCAGCUGGGCCCUGUUGAAAGUAGGAGGUUGAGCUAGAAGGAUGUGUGGGCCAUGGAAGCAAGGGGCCUGAGCUUUGCCAUCAGGGCCACAUAUGACGUCUUCCCAACACCAACUAAUCGCCACCAGUGGUUUGGGGAAGAGCCCGGGUGCGUCCUGUGCUCCACGCUAGCCUCCCUCCGGCAUAUACUCACGGGGUCUAAAACCAGCCUUGCUGAAGUACGAUACACUUGGCGCCAUAACCAAGUCCUAAAGAGCCUUGCUGCUACACUGGAAGAAAAACGAGCCAGCACCAACACCCUAGCACUGCCAACGUCUAACACUCCAACAACACCAUGGCCAACGGCCUUCGUCCAUGAAGGGGCUACAGCUAUCAGAAGCAACUCAACUCCAUCAGAGAGAAGCCAGCUCUCCAUUGCACGUGACUGCAAGAUGCUAGUAGACAUUGGCAAACAGCUGGUGUUCCCCUCAGAGAUUGCCACCAUCACCUUGAGGCCUGACCUGGUGCUCUGGUCCCCCUCCAUAAAGGAGGUGUAAAUAAUCAAACUUAUUGUACCCUGGGAGGAUUCUAUGGAGGAGGCUUUUGAGCGGAAGCAUCUGCGGUAUGCCGACUUAGCUGCCGACGCAAGGCAUCGUGGCUGGAACACGGAAGUCCGCCCAGUGGAGGUUGGGUGCAGAGGGUUUGUGGGAACAUCCACCUCAAAACUGCUGAGGGACUUGGGAGUUAAGGGCAAGAACCAGCGCGCAGCCGUCAAAGCUGCAUCGGAGUCCGCAGAAAGAAGCAGCCAGUGGCCCUGGCUGAAGAGGAACGACCCCAGUUGGGCCAAGUAGUUUGACAGGAGGUAUGCGGUCGGCUUAGGCUUGACUCAGGGAACAGGACGCCCCUGCCAUGCAUAGUCUCAUGAGAUGUCCAAGGUGAUUCUCAUGGCUAAUUGGACUUGGGACGCAAGCUGAGGACUGAUCACCCUACAGCUGGCCGCCUCUGGUGAGGGUGUAUAGUGUAAUUGGCUGAAACACCCUAUGACCCAGAGGAACACUACUGAGGAUGCGUCCCGUAAAUUUCAAUUCUUCCCACAACCUCCAUCAAGUCUACUGUCCACUAACAGUUAUUUGCGUGUGCUCGCACAGGAAAUCUACAUCUCAUGUUGUGUUGUUUGGAACCUAGCUAAUAGGAAAUUUACGUACUUUUGUUAUAUCAUGAUAUACUGUAUGUAUUUUUUUAAGGGACGAAGGUUGCGUUACUUGAAGGAAUGAGAGAAUCUCAGUGUUUCCAUGAUGCUUACCAGGCAUUGUAUACAGUGCAGUUAGCAAGCCAGUUUGCAUACAAUUGACCCGGCAUGACCCUUCAUUUGGAUAAACAACAAUUUUUUUUUUUGCUGCUGAAUGACUGACGCAAAAGGACUCAUUCAUAUGAUAUGUUCUGGAAACUAAUAUUACUGAACAUGCAUACCAGUAUGUUUGAGAUUGCAAACAACGUAUUACCCAAAGCAUAUGGUUUUGUUUCUGUCACAUGGGGAGGAGCCACUGGUGAGGUGGCGGAUCCCAAAUGCAGAGACGACAGUCCAAAAUCAGAUACAAAAAGGUUUAAUAACAAAGGGUGUCCCGUAGCGGGGGAAAAAGUACAACACAAGAAAAGUCACAAACCAAAAGCAAGAACACAAAACGCUGUCAGCAAAAGGCUGACAGGAAGUAACUAUAAAUACACCUGAGAAGUACGACAGGCAAACCUGAGCCGGAACAACGGUGAGUAUACAAGUCCAAAGCACAAUAGUAAGCGGCAACGAAGGUGAGCCAGGAAGCAGGUAAGGAGCCGGACCAAGCGGAACAGGUAACAGGAGGUAGCAAGGAGUACAAUCUGGCACUGGCUCCUAGUUGCCGCUGGGUAUAUGAAGGGUGCCUGAUGAGAUUGCCUGCAUGUGUGUGCUAGGGACUCCACCCACACCGGCUGAAGCUGCACAGAGAGCAAAUACACAGCAGGCGGCAGCAGAGCGACACACCAUCGUAACAGUAUUCCCCCCACUUAUAAGGCGUCUCAUGACGGCCUACCUGGUUUGCUAGGGUGGAGACUGUGGAGGUCGCUAAUGAGUGAGGGGUCGAGGAUACAGGAGCGGGAGACCCAGGAACGUUCCUCUGGACCGUAUCCCUCCCAGUCGACCAAGUAUUGGAACCCUCUACCCCUCUUACGGGAGUCCAAAAGAGCCUUCACAGUGUAAGCUGGCUGGCCAUCGAUCAUACGCGGCAGAGGCGGCGCCUCGGUCGCCGGGCACAGCUGGCUGGAGGAAACUGGUUUGAUGCAGGAGACGUGAAACACGGGAUGUAUCUUGAGUGAUGAUGGAAGCUUGAGCUUGACGGAGGAGGGGCUGAUGAUGGCAUCAACAGGAAACGGUCCCACAAACUUUGGAGCUAGCUUCCUGCUGGUUCCUGCUAAUGUCAAAUCCUUGGCCGACAGCCAAACCUCCUGGCCCACCUGGUAGUCCGGUGCCGGAACCCUAUGGCGAUCUGCCAGGCGUUGGUUGUGUGCAGCUGUCCGUUUGAGUGCCGCUAUAGUCUCCCGCCAGACUCUUCGGGCGCGGCGUAGGUGGGCUUGAACGGACGGAACUGCAACCUUCGACUCCUGUGAAGGGAAUAGGGGAGGCUGGUAACCGUAUGCAACUUUGAACGGUGACAUACCUGUGGCCGAGCUUAUAAGGGUGUUGUGGGCAUAUUCCACCCAGGGGAGGUGGGAGGACCAUGAUGCCGGGUGCUGGUGACAAACAGUGUAACGCCGCUCCAAGGUCCUGGUUGGCCCGCUCUGUCUGGCCGUUAGUCUGAGGGUGAUGACCCAAGGAUAGGCUGACAGAUGCUUCCAAAGUCUUGCAAAAAGCCUUCCACACUCGGGACGUGAAUUGAGGACCCCUGUCGGAGACAAUGUCAAGUGGUAUGCCAUGAAUAUGGAACACGUGUCUCACCAAUAGGUGUGCCGUUUCCAGAGAUGAAGGCAGACUUGGCAGGGUGAUGAAGUGGACCAUCUUAGAGAAACGGUCCACUAUGCUCAAAACAACAGUCUUUCCUCGGGAGGCAGGUAGUCCAGUAACAAAAUCCAGGCCGAUGUGGGACGAAGGGCGGGAUGGAUGGGCAAUGGCUGAAGAAGUCCAGCAGGAGCACGGUGAGGAGUCUUGCUUCUGGCACAAACAGAGCCGGCCGCGCACCACCGCGGCUUGUGUGCAACUGACCCCAGGAUGACAUGCCAUCUUGGACAAGUGCCCCCACUGUAUGACGUCCGACCUUAGAUCCUGGGGGACGAAUAGUCUUCCCGGUGAACAGCCAUGAGGCGGUUCCGUGCUGCUGUUGGCCUCCGAAACCCUUUUCUCCACCUCCCACUAAACUGCCCCCAACACCCGAGCCACAGGUAUUAUAGUCUCUGGUGCAGCCUCCUCCUCCGUAGUACCAAAAGUCCUGGACAGCGCGUCGGGCUUAAUAUUGCGUGAUCCGGGUCUGUAGACAUGGAAAAGUUGAACCUGGUAAGAAAAAGGGACCACCGGGCUUGACGGGCAUUGAGUCUUUGAGCAGUUCUGAUAUAUGCAAGGUUCUUGUGAUUGGUGAUGACCAUGAAUGGAAGGGCUGCGCCCUCCAACCAAUGACGCCACUCCCGCAGCUCUCUAUUGCCCACAUCAUAAUUACCCUCUGCUUUUGUGAGGCGACGCGAGAAGAAUGCACACGGGUGGAGCUUUUGGUCGACUGGGGACCGCUUCGACAGGACGGCUCCCACUCCCGUCUUGGGGUUCCAUACAAAAGGAGUCGGCCAUUCGACCACCGCCUGGAUCUUAGCGGGAUCGGCACGUAUCUGACCGUUCUCCACAAUAUACCCCAGGAAGGACACGGAGGUCGCUGGAGGACAAGCCGGACGUGACGGUUCCAUGGACCUGUAGUCUGUGUGGGGGUGCAUCAGUCUGAAGAGGAGUAGCAUUGGUCUUAUACUCAGUUACUGAGCGCAGCGCGAUCCCCGAACUUGGGUUGAUCGAUCCCUGAUACCAAUGUAAGGCUCUCGGCCGAUCCCGAGGUCGAUCCCUGUCGUCGUCCGGGUCUGGCAGAACAUCGUUGGAGCCGGUGAUCCGGAUCACCGCAGUACAGACAUAAAUCCAUCUUGCGGCUUCGGGUCCUUUCCGCUUGAGUGAGACGGCGAGCUCCCAGCUGCAUCAGGGUGUCUGUUGGUGCCGAGUCGGUCUCCAUAUGCAAGCACAAGGCGGGUCCCCUCUCCGGGGUUGAUACAGGUUGCGGUGUAGACGGACGAGUAUCGAUCCUUCUUUCCUCCGCGUGUUCCUUUGCUCAUUCCUUGAUACGAUUAUCCAAUCUUACGGCUAAAUCUAUAAGUUCAUCAAGUGACACAGAAUCGUCUUUAGACACUAAUUCGUCCUUUAUGCGAGGAUUAAGUGCCUUACGAGAAAUGUCCCGAAGGACGGCAGUAUCGGUGUAGCCACUCUCGACAGCCAAGACACGGAAGUCAAUAGCGAAAUCCGCCACCGUGCGUCCCCUCUGCCUAAGUUCUAAUAGCCGACCCCCGGCCUCUCUACCGUCAACCGGGUGGUGAAAAACUCUUCUCAUUUCUGCCAAAAAUGUUUGCAUAGAAGUGCGCAUAGCUGGUAUUGACCUGCCAAUAGCCAUAGCCCAGGUAGCUGCUCUGCCGGUAAGCAAACUCAUAAUAAACGCUAUUCGUGCUUGGUCCGAGCCAUAAGUAGUAGGCUGUUGGUUGAACACCAGCGAGCAUUGAUGCAAAAAUUGUUCACAAGACUGCAACUCACCCGAAAAACAAGGAGGGUGAGGAAUAUUAGGUUCCCGUCCUGAAUUAGGAACCAGUGUUGCGAAUGAGGCAGGGUUAGAGAUAAUCACUAGUGAUGUUACGCUCGAAGCAGACGCUCGAGGCAAGUGUCGAGCGCUCGCGGCAGAAGUAUCACAAUCAAUCGUCCCGAUGUCUCGCUGGAUCCGGUGGAAUAGCUAGUGACGUCACGCUCGAAGCAGACGCCCGACAAGUGUUGAGCGCUCGCGGCAACAAGUAUCCCGAUAUGUUGUACCGAUGUCUCGCUUCAUUCAGUGGAAAAUCACCUGGCCGCGGAAGCGAAGCGUUGUGACGCCACACGUGUGUCGGCCGUGACCAUCGACGUGUCACUCAGGUAGGGAGGGGUUGAGUCAGUCAAACUCACAAUGCUCAUAAAAGGGGAAAUAUCCCUCAAAAUGUUGUGGGUUGUGAGGAGGAGAGCUUUUGCGCGCAUUACGUCAUAUUGAGAACGAGGAUGUAAGGUGAAGUUAGAUCAGAUUACACAUUAGAUUAAUUUGCAAUUGCACAUAGUAUAGGCAUUCAUUGACACACUAUACACUGAUUUAUAUAAUACGCACACACACACACACACACGUUAGUUUUUGUGUCUGUCAGUUUUUGUGUUUGUGUCUGUCUGCCAGUUUGUAUAUUUGUUCGUUUGUCUGUUUGUUUGCGUGAGAGUAUUAAGUGUGUGAGUGAUUGUGUAGUUGUAGAGAGUGAGGCGAAAUAGGGAGAAUGGAGGGAAGGCCGACUAACAGAGCCAGGUCAUAUGUGUGGGAGCACUUUGACCUCAUUGCACCAAAAAGGGUCAAAUGUCAGAUCUGUGCUCAAGAGUUGGCAUUCAUUAAUAACACAUCCUCAAUUUUAAGGCACUUGCGCUCUAAACACCCCGAAACAACACCCAAUCCAGCUGCUCCAGCUGCUUCUGGAGUAAGUAGACAAGGUAAGCCUAUGGCAACUGUCGUGUAUUUAUAUAUAGUAUAGUCAAAAGAUAAGACAAAUCAAAUAUAAAUGACAUAUUAUAAGUUAUAUGUAAGUAACUACAUUGGUCACAUUGUUUAAAGGACGACAGGCUGAGCUGGAUAAAGCCUUGGUGGACAUGAUUGUGCAGGACUGCCAGUCAUUUUCUGUGGUUGAGGAUAAAGGAUUUAGAGCAUUUGUUUACAAACUGGACCCAACAUAUGCUCUCCCCACAAGACAGGCACUGCGAGGCAUGGUGGACCAAAAAUAAGAGGCCAAAGACAAAGCAAGAGCAGAGCUGGAGAAAACUGUGGCAGUCACUUUGACUGCAGACAUCUGUCAACAUGGAUGCCUUCCUUGGGGUCACAUGUCAUUACAUCGAUGAAAAAUGCCAACUGUUGUCUGUCCUGUUAGGUGUCACAAAAUUCCCCACAAGUACACACAGCGGAAAACCUAAAGACUGCCAAAGAAUGCCUAAUUGUUGAAUGGGGCCUAACUAACAAAAUCUACUGUCUUGUCACUGACAACGCUGCAAAUAUGGUGGCGUGUGCGAAAUUACUUAAACUUCGCAACAUUCUUUUUGCCCGUAGUUUAAAUUUAGUGGCAAAGAAGGCACAUGAGGCAACACCAGAAGUCUGAGAUCCGUUUGAGAUCCAGAAAGGUUGUGGUAUUCUUUAAAACAAGCACAAGGGCCAAAGAGAAACUGACUGAAGUACAGUUACAACUUGACAAACCACAACAUAAACUAAUUCAAGAAGUUGACACAAGGUGGAAUUCUACUUUUCAAAUGUUGCAACGUUUACUUGAGCAGCGUGAGCCAGUCGGAGCAGCCCUGGCGUCAUUAACCACAGAUGUGCUACCACUGAACUGUGCCGAGUAUGAGGAAGUGGCAGAAUGUCUAGAAGUUCUGGGACCCCUAUCUCUGGCUACUACAGAGCUUUCAGUGGAGAAGAAGGUGUCUGCGUCUAAAGUAAUUCCAUUAGUCAGAAUGCUUCAGCAUAAAAUUACUGAGAAAUCUACAUCGUUACUCCACCCAUGUGCAAAACAGCUUAGCCAGAGCCUGCUGCAGUUUUUAGUGGCAAGGUGCAAUGUGGAAAACAUCCGGGUCCUGGCAGUGGCCACUAUUUUGGACCCAAGGUUCAAAACGCUAGCAUUUGGUAACCAGACAAAAGCACAAGAGGCCGUGUCUCGCCUCAUAGCUGAAUGUGCAGGACUGAUGGCACGGCGCUCAGUACCCACACCCACAACAUCGCAGUCCACAAUGGAGGAAGCCCCUGGACCCUCAACCCAACAGGCUGACCCUGAUAGUCUGUGGGCCCUUCUGGACUGCAGACUUGGUGCAACACAGAGUGUCCAUAAUGUGACAGCUGACGCAACUGUGGAAGUACAGCGUUACAUGUCAGAGCCCAACCUCUCCAGAGCAGAGGACCCUUUGAAAUCUGGAACUCUAGGGCAGCCAUUUAUCCCCAUCUUGCAGAGUUGUCAAAGACUUAUUUGCAUAUGCCUGCCGCCGCUGUGCCAUGUGAGAGAAUAAUCUCAAAAGCUGGAGAGGUCAUUAGCAAAAUGAGGAACCGGCUGAAACC